UGACACAAAUGCUAUAAUAGAUGAUACACUUUAAAUCCCUCUAACUUUAUGUAGCAAUCAUAAUGUAAAUAUUUAUUGUACAAGUCAUAGUUAAUUUUUUCAGGGCAGCAACUAACAAGCCAUGGUUAAAUGUGCAGACUAAUAUGAUGGCAAAUUAUAAUAAGAUAUUAUUUCAAAUAUAAUAUAGGGAUCAAAUCGGUAGUCAAGAUCUUAGGUUACCAAUGAUAGCCCCUACAGUGCACUAUCACCAUAACACUGUAGUGUUCCCUUCAAAUUAUGAAGGCAACACUUCAGCCGUUUAUGGCAACGAUUCCUUGAAUGCCGAUGCACUGCUAAGGACUUAUGGUAGCCCACAAGGUUCCAACUCCAUCCGACAAACUAGGGUCGAUCGCGUAGUAAUGCAAGACACAUCUAUUUCAAGGCCAAAUGCUGGAGAAGUUAGAGCAGUUUAUCAUCGUACUCGUUUCCGUAACAAUUUGCCAUCUUCAACGAUAGUUGAUAGCGAGCUAAUCCACCAAAGACGAGAAGAAAAUAGCGUGCACACCAAUACGACGGCAUACGAGUCGCUCUUGUCUUACGAGUCAUACGGCGAUCCGUCUUUAGAGCUUUCGCUGACGACAAAUUCGAGUGAGGAUCGAUCUCAAGAGGAGCAACAUUAGAGUCGCUCGACUCAUGAAACAAAUUUAGGUUUCAUCCUUUCAGGUGCUAGAAUAGUUGUUAGGUAACAAUGGGUUUGUACCAUGAAAAAAGAAAAUGAAUUUUGUGCUUAGUAUGUAAUGUUACAUUUGAUUUGAUUUUUUUUACUUAGUUUUCCCGUAAAUUUAGGUCUUGUUUAUCA